CCUGGUGAGGCACUUCGUGUGAUAGCGAGAUCGUAGUAGUCUUAAGACGUUUCGCAGACCCAUUCAGUUGCCUUCGUUUUGCGCGUCGCUCCAGUCACUAGCCGGCACUCGCCCCCUCACAAAGCGGCCUAAGGAGGGCCACGCUAACGGGGGAAACCUGUAUUUACCCAUGAGAGUUUGGGACGAUCAUCGCCUCGUUCACAUAUCGUGGCUCGCAAGAGAGUGGAGAGACGUAUUUUGAGAGCAGCUGGCUUGAGUCCAACGCACAGUGAAAUGCAGCUGUCCCGUGCAUCAAGAUUUGCUUUACGCCUUGCUGUCACCCAGCAGUAUUUUUGCUACUGCUGCAAGACACUGCAAAUUGCUAUUUUAUGUAAAAUAACAUUUUUAAUCUCCUUUUGUUUACUAAUCUCCAAACUGCCAAAGAUUCCGUCGUGGCUUGAAGACAGUGCAGUGAUUGCCGUUUAAAAGCCCUCCAUUACAUUGACAGCUGUAAACCAUGGCUGUCUUUCAACAGGAAAUAAGAAUGGACAUUUGACAGAAUUGUAGUGUGCUUCAUCUUAUAAGACUACAUCAUACAAUGUCUGUGGGUUACUUGCCUUCAUAUGACUGAUGCUCUUCCAACAAGUGCCAUACAUUUUGUAUGAAAUGGAAAACAUACAUUGUUUUUAUUGUGAUAUUGAUUUAUUGUGAUAUUGUGAUGAGUGUGUCAGAGUUUCUGUGUGUGCAUUUGUACUUAAAAUAACACUUGAAAAAAGAGCUCCAGUUAUGUGAAAUAUCAAGUUUCCCCACAGAAUGAUAUUACCAUUAGGUUUUGUAACUCUUAAUUUAAAUUUCAAAAAUACCUCCUUGAUCUGUUUGCAUUAAGUUGUAAGAAAUAUUCUUGGUGUUUCAGUAAACAACCUGCACAAGGUUUUACCCGAAUAAAUAAAAAAAAAUGUAAAGUCUGCACAUCGAGUAAGAUAGUACUGCGAUAUUUUAUUUUUGAAUGUUACACUGUGUCUGCGUUUCCUCUAUUUAUUUUAUAGAAGUUGAAAAAGAACACGUGUAUAAUGUUUGAAAUAAAAUUAUCAUUUAUGUCCUUCACUGAUUUAUAAAAAUUAAUUCUACCAUUGAGUUUCCAUAUCUCCUGAGGUAAUUAUUAAUUGAUAUCACAUAGAUAAGCUAUAACAUAACUGUAGUACAGUUGCAUUUGUUUUCAGAGAAAACAAAGAAGAAAAAAAUGAAGGGAAAAAAAAGGAAAGGUAUGUAAAAAAUAUGACAAAAAAUUUAAAGUAUAAUUUGCAUUUUGUUAAAAUAUGAAUUUAGGAUAGAGAAACUCCUCUCAAUUUUUUGUAAUGCAUUUUGAUAUUUCUCUCUUUUUUGGCCUACAAAUGAUUAAAUUUCAUUCUUAGGAACUUUUCUUAUUAGAUUUAAAAUAAGUUCCAUUUUACACUUAACAUUCAAAAGUUGAACAUGUUAGGGAAGUGACAUGUUGUGCCAAAAUAGCAAAGAAUUAAAAAAGAACACUAAGGAGAAUACUUUGAUACAAUCAAAAUAUUUUUGAGCAAUUCCAUAUUCUUAGCCAAACUUGUUAACAAAAACUGAGAAGGGAAUCCCAACUGAUGUGCUCCUUACUUUUUUCUUCUCCCACUUUCUGUUAAAAUCAUCCUGAUUAAAUAUAAACUUCUGUCUAAACUGUUAGGUUUCACAACUAAAAGCCAAAGAAUCCAUACUAAUUCAAAGUGAUCUGGAACCUUGAGUGUUCAUUGAAUUAAAAUUGUUUGGAUUUUUUUUUU